AUGAGCCAUUUUGCAGCCGCUGCAAUCCCUCGCAUCACUUCUGACUUCGGCUCAAUCGACUAUAUAGGAUGGUAUGGAAGUGUAUACCUCCUGACGGAGAUGGCCCUUCAACCUCUAUUCGGCCGUGUGUACAAGUACUUCGAGCGAAAGGCAACAUACAUCAUCAGCCUCAUCAUCUUCGAAGCUGGCUCUGUCAUCUGCGCGAUAGCACCGAACUCGAUAGCGCUGAUACUGGGCCGUGCUGUGGCAGGGGCUGGUGCUGCGGGCAUUUUGAUGGGCAGUAUCACCAUCUUUGGACAAGCAAUCCCUUUGCGGCAACGAUCAUUGGGACUGUCCCUGCUGGAGGGUGUCACCUCUCUUGCCGGCAUGCUCGGGAGUACCCUGGGCGGCGUCAUCACUGACUCUUCAUUGACAUGGAGGUUCUGUUUCUGGAUCAACCUCCCCCUGGGAUUUGUCGCGGCUGUGAUGAUUUUAAUCGUGCUUGACCGACAGAAACCAGAACAAUCAUCGCGCCCUCUGCUGCAGAAGCUCCGUGAUCUCGAUAUCCAAGGAUCUCUUCUCUUAGCAUCCAGUCUGGUUUGUCUUUUCCUGGCGUUGGAAUGGGGUGGUGUGAACGAGCCCUGGUCGAGCCCGGCGGUCUGGGGCUGUCUACUCGGGUUUGUACUACUUGCCAUUGGCUUUUGUGGCUUUCAGUGGUACAGAAAAGACAACGCAGUGGUCCCGCUUCGGAUCUUCAAGCAGCGAACGGUGGCUCUGUGCUGCAUCUUCUCCCUUAUGUACGGCUUCGCCAUUUUCACCGACUUUUAUAUGCUGCCUAUCUGGUUUCAAGGAGUCAUGGGCACCUCUGCCGCUAUCUCAGGUGUCAACUGUCUUGCUUUUUCACUCUCCAGCGUGAUCUCUACUCUCUUCACUGGCUUUGUAACAACGACUCUGGGCUAUCCCGUCCCAUUCAUGUGGGCAGGUAGUGCUAUGUACGCUGUUGGCAGUGGGUUGUUGUACAUGCUGCAACCCACAGACACACCUGCUCAGUAUCUAGGAUACCAAAUCGUCGCGGGCAUCGGGAUGGGGCUAGCAGUCCAGAUUACUUUUGUCGCCGUGCAGAUUGUCAUGCCGGUAGACGACAUGCCGGUGGCAUGCGGUAUGGAAGUCUUCUUCAAACAGCUGGGCGGGACGAUAGGGAUCAACGUCGCUCAGAAUCUCUUUGUGGCAAAGCUGACGGACGGGCUCAAAACGGUGGCUCCCGAGCUUGCCUCACACGGUGCAAGUCUACGGUCUGGGAUCGCGGAUCUGGCCAGCAUAGCGAAGAGCCUUCCGCCAGAACAACGAGCAGCUUUCAAAGAUGUUGUCAAUGCGGCAGUCAUGAAGGCUUUCCUGCUCCCCAUGAUCGUUGCAGCAGUUGCCGCCCUGGCGAGCUGGAGCAUGGAAUGGCUUCAUAUCGAGGACGAUAGACCAAAGGCCUUGAAAUGA